ACAUUCUUACAUUGUUCUGACAAUUGGAGUCUCAGCCUCGCAUUUUUCUAGAAAAAGAGCAAGUUCAGAUAAAGAGUUCGACGGUCAAGCAGGAGACGAUGGGUACUAGAAUUCUUCAGUGCUGCAUGUUGUUUAUCUUAUGCCAUUUUGUUGUUUCAGAUUCAAGCUUUGCAGAGAAACCUCAUUCAGAAGCAAUGUGGCAAAAUAAAGUACUAGAUAACCAGGAAAACAAACUGUUGUCUUCCUCAGAAUUUGGUACACAGCUUGAUACAAUUCCAAUCAUCAAUCCGACAACUCCCUCGACGACAACCCCCAUAAUAAAUCCUCCAUCACCAACCACUGCAACUCCUACAUACAAUCCCACUCGACCGCCACCUGCAACUCCUACAUAUAACCCCAUGCCACCAGCUACCACAACUCCCACAUACAACCCAAUGCCACCAACAACCACAACUCCGACGCCAAGUGGUCCUACUUCGUCUGGAGGAUCUUGGUGUAUUGCAAGUCAAAGUGCUUCAGAAACUGCUCUACAGGUAGCUCUUGACUAUGCAUGCGGUUAUGGAGGUACCGAUUGUUCUGCAAUACAACAAGGCGCGUCAUGUUACAAUCCAAACACCCUCCGUGACCAUGCUUCGUAUGCAUUCAACAGCUACUAUCAGAAGAAUCCUGUUCCUACUAGCUGCGCAUUUGGAGGAGCAGCACAACUUACCAAUAAGGACCCAAGUUCUGGAAGUUGUCGCUUUGCAACGCCUAGGACCGCCCAAAGCACAAGUCCACCAGCCAAUCCUUCACCGAUCAAUCCAUCACCAGUUACUCCUACUCCUCCUGCUCCCAGUACACCCACAGGAUCUGGCUCUAUGCCAAGCCCGACAAUAUUUGAUGGAUCAGAACCAACAGCUACUCCGAAUUCAGGAGUUCCUCUGUCUCUUGACCUGAUGCUGUUCUUCACAGCAACUAGUCUACUUUCCAUAGCAACAAAUCUUUUCUGAUUCUAAGAAAUCGUCUUCCACAGCAGAGUACAAGGUCUGACAUGCACCACUACCAAUGAGAUCUCGAGCACUUUCCUUGCCAUUAGACAGUCGUUGUAAUUCAUUUGUUAAGUAGGGAGUUCUAUAACAGAUUAGGAAAGCAGAUAAAAUGAAGCGUAGCACCAUAAAUGUAGUGGCGUCUUUAUGGAUAAACACUAUGUAGAUUAGUGGAUACUUCGACAGGGUAUUGUACUACUAUAUAAUGUAUACUUAUACAGAGAAUAAUUUCCGGAUUAGAGGUUUAUAUAUAGUUACUACUACUUACUAGUUACUACAG